AUGGACGUUCCUUCAAGUCUAAUCGAUGGCCGUGUUUUAUCCAUUGCGGACCAGUUCAACAAACAGAAUGAUUGGAACGAACACAUGCAGCAAGGGAUUGAGGCUAUGGCUGAGCGGGCAGAUGAGGUGAUGACCCUCAGGGAGACGGUGGCCAUGUUGGAAACCAGAGUCAAUGAGAUUUACCAGGUCAAAGAGGUUUUGGUCGAGCGCAAACCAGCUGGACGACUCAAGCGUUCGCAGUGA